AUGGAUUUUCAAUCCGGUUGCAGUACACACCGGGUUUCCAGUAUCAGUAAGGGCAGCAACAGCAAAGAACAUUCACAAGAUUCAGGUAGACAACCAGUGAUCACUCAUGGAAGGUCGCCAUCCAGCUCAAGGAAUCAACAUGGGUCUUCCCACGACCAGUCAGGAGACAGCCCUAAACACUCAGAGUCGCAUCAAGGGAGGACAGACACACACAGGAAGAGUGAAUCUGUCCAUGGAAAGUCAGGAUCCAGCGCUACACAAAGACAGGGGCACGACCAUGAGCAGGAAGAAGACAGCUCCAGACCCUCUGGAACUGGACAUGGACAUGCCUCAACUGGAUCCGGAAGCAGUAGCCACAGGGAAUCCAGUGUUGGUCAGUCCAGUGACAGCGAAAUACAGUCAGGAGAUUCAGGUAGAUAUUCUGUGACCACUCAUGGAAGGUCUGGGUCCAGCUCAAAGAACCAACAUGGAUCUUCCCAUGGCCAGUCAGGAGACAGCUCUAGGCACUCAGAGUUGCAUCAAGGAAGGACAGACACACACAGGAAGAGUGAAUCUGUCCACGGAAGGUCAGGAUCCAGUACUACUCAAAGACAGGGGCUCCAUCAUGAGCAGGAAAGAGACAGCUCCAGAUACUCUGGAACUGGACAUGGACACACCUCAGAUGAAUCCAGAAGUGGGAAAGACAGGAAAUCCAGUGUUGGUCAGUCCAGUGACAGCGAAGGACAGUCAGAAGAUUCAGGUAGACAUUCUGUGACCACUCAUGGAAGGUCUGGGUCCAGCUCAAGAAACCAACAUGGGUCUUCCCAUGGCUGGUCAGGAGACAGCUCUAGGCACUCAGAGUCACAUCAAGGGAGAUCAGCAUACAGGAAGAGUGAAUCUGGCCACAGAAAGUCAGGGUCCAGCACUACUCAAAGACAGGGGCACCACCAUGAGCAGGAAAGAGACAGCUCCAGACACUCUGGAACUGGACAUGGACACACCUCAACUGGAACUGGAAGCAAUAGACACAGGGAAUCCAGUGUUGGUUGGUCCAGCGACGGUGAAGGGCAGUCAGGUGAUUCAGGUAGACAUUCUGUGACCACUCAUGGAAGGUCUGGGUCCAGCUCAAGGAACCAACAUGGGUCUUCCCAUGGCCAGUCAAGAGACAGCUCUAGGCACUCAGAGUCGCAUCAAGGGAGGACAGACACACACAGGAAGAGUGAAUCUGUCCAUGGAGAGUCAGGAUCUAGCACUAAGCAAAGACAGGGGUGCCACCAUGAGCAGGAAAGAGACAACUCAAGACACUCUGGAAUUGGACAUGGACAUGCCUCAACUGGAUCCAGAAAGAGUAGGCAGAGGGAAUCCAGUGUUGGUCAGUCCAGUGACAGUGAAGGACAGUCAGAAGAUUCAGGUAGACAUUCUGUGACCACUCAUGGAAGGUCUGGGUUCAGCUCAAGAAACCAACAUGGGUCUUCCCAUGGUCGGUCAGGAGACAGCUCUAGGCACUCAGAGUCACAUCAAGGGAGAUCAGCAUACAGGAAGAGUGAAUCUGGCCACAGAAAGUCAGGGUCCAGCACUACUCAAAGACAGGGGCACCACCACGAGCAGGAAAGAGACAGCUCCAGACACUCUGGGACUGAACAUGGACACACCUCAACUAUUUCUGGUAGCGGCAGACACAAGGAAUCAAAUAUCAGUCAGGCUAGCAACACAGAAGGACAUUCAGGAGAUUCAGGUAGACAGCAUUUGACCACCCAAGGAUGGUCUGCAUUCUAUUCAAGGAACCAAAGUCAUGGUUCAGAUCAAGGUUGGAGACAUGGCAGCUAUGGCAGUGAAGAUUAUGACUAUGGACAGUCAGGGUUUGGCCAUUCUCAGGAUGGAAGUGUCAGUCAUGAUUCCAGCCAUAUGGGAGCCAGGGACAGAUGCAGUAACAGACACCCUGCAACAUAUGGCCAUUCAAAUUAUAUUUCAAAACGGUUGGGGUUUGGACAGUCACAUAGACACUAUUAUUAUGAGUGA